AUGCGCAGAAUUUUCGAGUUACCAUCACAUGCGCAAAAUGUUCGACUCACCAUCACAUGCGCAGAAUGUUUGACUUACCAUCACCUGCGCAGAAUGUUUGACUUACCAUCACAUGUGCAAAAUGUUCGACUUACCAUUACAUGCGCAAAAUGUUUGACUUACCAUUACAUGCGCAGAAUGUUUGACUUACCAUCACAUGCGCAGAAUGUUCGAGUUACCAUCACAUGCGCGAAAUGUUCGACUUACCAACACAUGCGCAGAAUGUUCGAGUUACCAUCACAUGCGCGAAAUGUUCGACUUACCAUCACAUGCGCGAAAUAUUCGAGUUACCAUCACAUGCGCGAAAUGUUCGACUUACCAACACAUGCGCAGAAUGUUCGAGUUACCAUCACAUGCGCGAAAUGUUCGACUUACCAUCACAUGCGCGAAAUAUUCGAGUUACCAUCACAUGCGCGAAAUGUUCGACUUACCAACACAUGCGCAGAAUGUUCGAGUUACCAUCACAUGCGCGAAAUGUUCGACUUACCAUCACAUGCGCGAAAUAUUCGAGUUACCAUCACAUGCGCGAAAUGUUCGACUUGCCAACACAUGCGCAGAAUGUUCGAGUUACCAACACAUGCGCGAAAUUUUCGAGUUACCAUCACAUGCGCAGAAUGUUCGACUUACCAUGUGGUAUUGCAGCUAUACUUUUCUCUUUACACUAGGGCUUUAGGCCUUCCUACUAAAUUAGUUAUAUGUAAAUCAGACACAGGUUACCUGGCAGUAUGUUAUAAUUAUCUUAAUGAUCUUUAA